GCGCAGUGCCGGAUGUCUCCUCUCUCGGUGGUACGGGAGCUCCACCCAGGGGAGAAGCAGCGGGAGCCUGGGGAGGUGAGUGGCCGGGGGCUGCUGCCACCGCGCAUGACUUCGGGCCAUCGCGCUCGCCUGUCCGCCCUUGGGCAGCACAGGGGGUCCAGGUCCACCCCACAGCAGGGCCCCCCCCAGACGCCCCUGCGCCCUAGGACGCGCCCAGCUGUCCCCUCCACCUCGGGGCCUUUCCCGUGCCUGUGCCCCGGGGGGGGGGGGGGGGGGCGCUCUCGCCCUCCUCCUCUUCCACGGCCUGAACUCGGAACCAGGGCGAGCGGCCUGGGCUUCCCUGACCCGCCCCUCCCGCCAGGCCCUGGUCCUCUCCGGCACCUCCUUCCGUCGGGCUACGCGGCUGAGCGGCGCCCCCGCCUGGAGGCAGCGCCUUGAUUCAUCAUUACUUAUUAAUCAGCCGAAGCCUUUGGGAGAGAAAAAGGCUCCUCCUCCGCCCCCAACUGGGACCUUCGGAAAGGGGGGGGCGGGGCUGUGAGCCUCCCCGCAGGGUGCACCUGUGUGGGGGGGAGGGGCCGCCUGAUGGACAGCCUGGAGCCCAGCCGUCUGGGCGGGGCCAGGCCCCACCUGUGGCACUGCCACGUGGGCUUGCUACUGAGUUUGCUACUGACACCCAGCUCUCCCUGGUGGCUCCCAGGAGCUGCUAGCAUGCGGCAGCGGCCACACCCCGGGCAACGGCUUCGACAGGCCGGCCAAACCUUGUGAGGGUAGCCAUCGGGUCAUUGACCUCUGGUGAACCAGGGCUUUGCUCACCCAGCAUUUGAAGACUGCUUCAGCCGAACAGACGGAAGAAACCAACAAGAAGGUUCAACGGCUGAGAGGGCGACGCAGCAAAGCACUGUGGAGUGCUCAGGGCGUGUUGGAGCACAAAGGACAACACGGCCACCCAAUGCAGCUGAGGAAGUCUCCAGGUGUAAAGACUUUUCGUGCCACUGGACCCAGGUUUCCAAAGCCGAGAGAGUGGGACUGUCUCUGUGCAUCGGCUUUUCCACUUAAAUCCCCUUCAUGCACAAGUGCACAAAGACAAUCCUUAUUCCCUGUUACCGAGAGACGACUACUACCUGGAGAGCUUUUGUUUAACCCCUCCCCUUCUGUCUUGGAGGCAGUACUAAGAGCAGGAAGGGCUAGGCCAUGGAGUGAAGUGACUUGCCCAGGGUCACACAGCCCGGAAGGGUCUGAGCCAGAUUCGAACCCAGGACCUCCCAUCUCUAGGCCUGGCUCUCCAUCCAGAGAGCUUUUAGCUUCAGUGGGAGGUUAGCGGCUGGCCUGCUUUGAGUCAGAGCAGCUUCUCGGUGCCCCACCACACUGGGGGCUGCGGGGGUGGGGUGGGGGAGGGGAGGGACAGCAGCAGCCGGACAGGCGGGCUCUGCCCUCCAGUGAGCCCAGCCUCUGCAGGGGCCUCAGUUUCCCAGGAAACCCCACAGACUUGAAGCUUCCCCGGAUUCUGAACCCCCCAAAGGGCGUGUUCGUUGCUGUAAUUGGCCCUCGGGUUGGGCCUGCCGUGACUGAUCUAAGUGCGCUUGUCCCCUCUCGCCCCAGGCUUCAUGUCUGGGAACCUCGUUCUUCCCCAGGAGGGACCCCCACAGGAGGAGGGCGGGGCCCUGGCCCAGGCGAGUCGGCCCUCCUCCGAGGGUCCCCAGUCAGCGGUCUGCGGGUGGCCCCCCGGGAACCAAGAAGGACAGCCUCCAGCCUCUCCCCUCCCUCCGCCCCUCCAGCGUGGGGCGGGGCUUCUGUCCCCGCCCCCCCACUCUCCCAGGGGGGUUGGGGUGCCCCCCUUCCCACACUUCCCGUUGCAGGCCGCCGUGUCCUUCCGGGACGUGGUCGUGGACUUCACCGAGGAGGAAUGGGGGCGCCUGAGCCCGGCGCAGUGGCAGCUCUACAAGGAGGUGAUGCUGGAGAACUACCGGAACCUCGUGUCCCUGGGGCUCAUGGAGGACAAGCCGGGCCUGAUCUCCCGGCUAGAGCAAGGGGAAGUGCUGCCGCUGACCUCCGCGGCCCCAAGGCCCCCACUCUGGGAAGGAGACGCUUCAGCCGGGUGUCCAGGAGCCCCCGGGGUCCCCAGUCUGGCCAGGCCCUCAGCCUGGGAUUCUAGACUUGAGAUCCAUGAGGAGUCACCUCAAAAACAAGAAGGAAAAGGAUCACCAGUGACAUUUGUGGAAAGCCUCAGAAAGGAUGUUGUUCCCUGGAAACUCACAUUUGGGGAAAGUCCUACCCAAGAGGUCAUGUUAUGGAAGCAAAUGGCAAUCAGUGGGGAGACUCCAAGGAAAGACCUUUCACAGCAAAAAGGUCCUGGCCAGUUAUCAGUCCUCACAAGACCCACAGAGCAGGGAGGUCAGGAACAUACUGAUUGGGGGAAAAUCUUUAGUCAGAACAUGCCCAAGCCCCCAGAAUUGAGGGGCUAUAACGUCCCUGGGAAUCUCCCCCAAAAUCAGCACCACAGAAAUGAACUCUAUGAUUUGGCGGAAGAUAGACAGAAUUCUGACAUGAGCUCCCCUCUUAUUAAAAAUCAUAGACCUCCUGGUGAAAAGAAAUCUUAUAAAUACAAAGAGUAUGGGAAGGCUUUCAACAAGCACUUGGACAUUCUAAAUCAUGAGAUAACUCAAGAUGGAGAAAAACAUAAGUGUAGUCAUUGUGGAAAGGCCUUUAGGGGGAGCUCAGGUCUCAAUAAACACCAGAAAACUCAUCCUUGUCAAAACACCUGCAAGUAUAGAGAAUUUGGAGAGGCUCUCAGCCACAAUAGAGAUGUUACUCGAAGUGACCAAAUUCAUAGUGGGAAGAAACCUUACAAGUGUAAGGAAUGUGGGAUAGCCUUCAUUUGGCGUGCAUACCUCUUGGAGCAUCAAAGAACUCACACUGGGGAAAAACCAUAUGAAUGUAAGGAAUGUGGGAAGGCCUUCAGUCAGAGCUCAAGCCUUACAAAACACCAGAGAAUUCACACUGGAGAGAAACCAUACAAAUGUAAGGAAUGUGGGAAGGAUUUCAGGCAAAACUCGCAUCUGAUUCGACACCAGAGAAUUCACACUGGAGAGAAACCUUAUGAAUGUCAGGAAUGUGGGAAAGCCUUCAGCCAGAGAUCAGAUAUUAUUAAACAUGAAAGAAUUCACAGUGGAAAGAAACCAUAUGAGUGUAAGGAGUGUGGGGCAGCCUUUAGUUGGCGCUCAUACCUCAUUGAACAUCAGAGAACUCACACUGUUGAGAAACCUUAUGAGUGUAAGGAUUGUGGGAAGGCAUUUAGCCAGAAUUCAUCACUUAUUCAACAUCAGAGAAUUCAUACUGGAGAAAAACCUUAUGGAUGUAAUGAAUGUGGGAAGACUUUCAAACAGAGAUCAUCUCUUAUUCAACAUUAUAGGAUUCAUACAGGAGAGAAACCUUUUGAAUGUAAGGAAUGUGGAGCAGUCUUCAGUGGGCACUCAGGUCUUAUUCACCAUCAAAGAAUCCACACUGGUGAGAAACCUUAUGAAUGUAAAGAAUGUGGCAAAGCCUUCAGGCAGAGCUCAGCCCUGAUUCAUCAUCAGAUUACUCAUACUGGAGAGAAACCUUACAAAUGUAAAGAAUGUGGGAAGGGUUUCUCUAGGAACACAGUUCUUAUUGAACAUCAGAGAAUUCACACUGGAGAAAUACCUUAUGAAUGUAAGGAAUGUGGCAAGGCCUUCAUCCACAAAUCAGCCCUUAAUCAGCAUCAGAGAAUUCAUUACUGGAAACAAGCUAAAACCAUGGAAGCAAUGGGAAAGUCUCUGUCUGGAGAUCAUUUGUUAUGAAAUAUCAUGUAAUCCAUAUAGGAGAGAAACGUUAAGCAUGUAAGAAAUGUGAGGCAUCCUUCAGUCAGAUUUCAACUCUUAUUAACAUAAAAGAAAUCACACCAGUGAGUUGAAUGCUUAGUAAUUAGGGAAAAGCCUUCAGUUAGAUCUGAGCCAUUACUGAAUAUCCUUCAUUUGGAGGUCAUCUCUUAUUCAGAAUCAGAGAAUGUCAUGAUUUCCAAGAUUUCCACCUGGUGGCAAGCCUUCUGAGCACAUCAAAUAUGGGAAAAGGCUUGUUUUAUCAACAUCACCAAACAUCCUGGAUAGAAACCUUAUGAAAUCUGUGAUGGUAGAAAAACUCUGCUCAGAAUUCAGUCUAGCCUGCCUCACCAUAAAUGAACUCAGGCUGCUGGGAAUGUCUUCAAAUCAAAGUUAUAGAAGAUAGAAAUAAGGAGUUCUACCAAAGCCCAGCUUCCCUUCACCUCAGAACUUUGGGAAAUGUGCCCACUGAGGGAAAAGAAUAACAGUAAAAAACAGGAAAAGAAAGAAAUUGUCACAAAGAAAACUGUGAAAAAAUCAGCAGAAAAACUUGGUAAUGAGGAAAUCAAGAAUAUUGUCUUUUCAGAACCCCACUUUGUCUAAAGGUCACUGAGGCAGCAAAGGGAGAUUUUGGCUAAUCCUGUGAAUAGUAAGCAGACAAUGAUCUUCAAGGAAGGAAGUAACCAGUAUUAUCAAAAUCAGGAUGCUACAGAUGAAAGACAUUGAGACAAAGGAGUCUGGGGCUGAGGGAGUGGGAGAACCAGGGUUCAUGAACCAAACUGUUACCUAGGCUGGGCCAUGGAACCAUAAGAUCUAUUAAAAGUGGCAUGGCUGGCUGGGACAAGUUAGGAAGAUGGAAGUAUAUGUCUAAAGGUUAGCAUGAGUGGCUUUUUCAAUGAAAAGAGAUUGCAAAUACCCAAGGGCUGCUAGGUGGUGUUAGAUAAUUAGGUUUUAUUUUCUUUCUACUUAAAAGUGAUUAUUAAUAAACUUUUAAAAUAUAA